AUGAUUAUGGAAAGCUGCAUCCAGGGACCAUGGUCAGAGAAAAUGGAAAUCUUAAGAUUGGCCCAGUCAAAGAAGAACAUUAUCAGUUUGAACAUGGACCUUGAAAAGGAUAUGCAGAGAAUAGAUGAAGCAAAUCAGGAACUGCUUCUCAAAAUCCAUGAGAAAGAAAGUGAGGUUCAGAGGCUGGAAAGUAAGAUCACCCAGACUGGAGACUCGGCAGAAGAUGAGGAGUGGGAGAAGGAGAACUGCACCACAAUGGAAAGGGAAAGAGCCUUGCAGGAGCUGGAAGAAGAAACAGCCAGACUGGAAAGGAAGAACGAGACUCUGGUCCACAGCAUAACAGAACUUCAAAGAAAGCUUACAAGGAAAUCUCAGAAGAUAACCAAGAGUGAACAAAGCAAUCUAGAUGAAACCCCUGAAGAGUCAAAGGUUAAGUUACAACAACUGGAAGCUUCCUGUGCAGAUCAAGAGAAGGACCUGGUCAAGGUGAUGGAGGACUAUGCAUUUGUGGCCCAGCUCUGUGAAGACCAAUCCCUCUGCAUAAAGAAGUACCAAGAAACUCUGAGGAAAAUAGAAGAAGAACUAGAGACUCGGUUCCUUGAGAGAGAAGUAUCAAAAGUCUUGAGCAUGAACUCUGCAAGAAAAGAAUGUAGCAGCCAAAGUAAUGAGUGCAAUUCUAUCAGAAAGAAGGCAAUAGAGUUUUGUAAAAGAAUUUUUCGCUACGUCUUUUUCACUAUCCUAUUUUUCAUCAGACUGCUGGGCUACGUGUUUUUCCACUUAAGUUUUAUAAAUCCAGAUCUCCUUGUCGACAUCCUGCCCAAGAUACUGAGCAGGGGCAUCCUGUGGAAGCUACGCUGCUUCCUCUUCCCAUCCCUCACACUUGAGACAGAGGACAUGCUGCCUCACUGA